AUGGAAACACCGGAAAAUCGUGGCGAUGGUUCCGAUGCGGCGACGUUCGAGUCGGCGGAGAGGAUAAUACUCCGGUGGGACUCUACAACUUCCGAGGAAGCUAAGGAGAAUCUGAUUUUUCAGAGCGAUCGGGAGGAGGUGGAUCGGUACUUGCGAGCGGUCGAUGAAGUCCAAAGGCACAUCUCUUCCGUCUCCAUCUCCGAUGAACAAGGUAGCCACGAGGUCAAAGCUAGCUCAACGAUACAAAUCGCCAUGGCUAGGCUCGAAGACGAGCUGAGGAACAUCCUUCUCUCGCAGAUAUCUACUUUCGAGCCCGAUUCCCUCCUUCUCGAGUCAUCAGCUUCCUCUUUCGUUUCGCGUUCUGACCUCGAAGAAGACAACAGCGAAAGCGUUGCUGGCGAAGGCGACGAGGAUGAGGAAGUGGAUCUGGUUUUACCAGAUGGUUCGGAAUCCGGUUCGGGUGCUGGUUCGAGCCGGUUAUCGAGUAGGAGGAGCAGCUGCAAAUCCACGACCAGCAUACGCGAGAUCGAUCUGAUUUCGCCGGAGGCUGUUUCCGAUCUGAGGUCGAUUGCUCAGCGGAUGAUCGGCGCCGGAUACUCCCGCGAGUGCGUCCAGGUAUACGGAAGCGUGAGGAAAUCCGCCAUGGAAACGAUUUUCAAGCAGGUAGGGAUUGUGAAAUUAGGGAUCGGAGAUGUUCAGAGGCUCGACUGGGAAGCUGUGGAAGUGAAGAUCAGGAGAUGGAUCCGUGCGGCGAAAGUCUGCGUUAGGGUUGUCUUCGCGAGCGAGAAGAGGCUCUGCGAGCAGAUAUUCGACGGCGCCAUGGAAGAGACAUGCUUCAUGGAGAUCGUGAAAGGCUCUGCUCUCCAGCUCUUCACUUUCCCCGAAGCCAUAAGCAUCAGCAGAAGGUCACCUGAGAAACUGUUCAAGAUUCUUGAUUUGCACGACGCGUUAACGGAUUUGUUGCCAGACAUGGAAGAAAUCUUCAACUCCGAUACAUCGGAAUCGAUUCUUGUUCGAGCAACAGAGAUUCAAUCAAGAUUAGCGGAAGCUGCAAGAGGCAUACUCGUGGAGUUUGAGAACGCCAUUUUCCGUGAGCCUUCGGUGGUUCCUGUCCCUGGAGGAACGAUUCAUCCGUUGACAAGGUACGUGAUGAACUACCUCAACUUGAUCUCAGACUAUAAGCAAACACUGGUCGAUCUCAUCAUGUCGAAACCGUGCGCCGGUUUGAAAUGUACCAACGAUCCAAACAAACCGGAUAUGGAUCUCAGCGAGCUUGAAGGAAUGUCUCCGUUAGCUCUGCAUUGUAUAUGGACGAUGGUGAUGCUACAGUUCAACCUAGAAGGCAAGUCUUUGCACUACAAGGACGAAUCUUUAUCGCACAUCUUCGUCAUGAACAACGUCCAUUACAUAGUUCAGAAGGUGAAAAGCUCGCCGGAGCUAAGAGAGAUUAUAGGAGACCACUAUCUAAGAAGGCUCACGGGGAUAUUCAGACACGCAGCCACCAAGUAUCAGAGAGCCACGUGGGUGAGAGUGUUGAACAGCUUGAGAGACGAAGGGUUACAUGUGAGCGGAAGCUUCUCUUCAGGUGUAUCAAAGAGUGCUUUGAGAGAGAGGUUUAAGGCUUUCAACACAAUGUUUGAAGAGGUUCACAGGAUUCAGUCGACAUGGUCGGUUCCAGAUACUCAGCUUAGAGAAGAACUAAGGAUAUCUUUGUCGGAGCAUCUGAUCCCGGCUUAUAGAUCGUUUCUUGGAAGAUUCAGGGGACAUAUAGAGAGCGGAAGACAUCCCGAGAACUACUUGAAAUACUCUGUUGAAGAUCUUGAAACCGCUGUGUUGGAUUUCUUCGAAGGAUAUAGCACAGCUCCACAUUUGAGGAGACGGUCUUAG